AUGCGAGUGCACGUGCCCACACACAUGAGAGUGCAGAGAGAUUGGGAGACUCAGCAGGAAUCAAAGGAACCCACUCCAAAGUUGGGCAUUUCAGUGGAACAAUCAUCCCAAGAGAUACGUGAGAGGGAUAGUCUGCUCUUUUACCCACAGGGAGAAUGCAGGAAAUAUGAUGCCGUUCUACAGAGUCAUCUGACCAAUGAAGAAAAGCCUUUCUGGCAAGUCAGAGUCACCCAAAAGAAACAUCCCAAUAAAUCUAGAGUCCAUGAACACAUGAGUCAUGACAGGACCUUCAAUCCACAGCCAACCUUUUUCCCACAACAGCUAGUAAGAAAGAGUCUGAGUACACGUGACACACAUGGAAAGUACUUUAGGCUGCAUCGAGAUAGACCACAAUGUAGUAUUAGAUGCUCAAAGAAAACAGCUCGAUAUAAGGAAUAUGGGAAAUGCUGUAAACACAGCUCAGCUUUUGUUGACAGUUCUGGAAGAGGUGCUGUAGCAGAAAUUUGUGACUCUAAUGUAUUAGAGAUGACCUCCUCAAGGAAACAGUGUAUUCUUCCAGAGAAAAUUCAUAGUGGAGAGAAACCUUACGAAAGUAACGAAGGUGGAAGUACCUUUUGCCUAAGGACUGAUAUUCCCAAAUAUCAGGACAUUCAUAAUAGUGAGAAACCUUAUCAGUGUAAUGUAUGUGGGAAGAACUUUAGACUAAAAGCUCAAUUAAAUCAACAUCAGACAAUUCAUAGUGGUGAGAAACCAUAUACAUGUAAUGAAUGUGGAAAGGCAUUUAGACUAAAAGGACAACUGAAUGAACAUCAGAAAAUUCAUAGUGGUGAGAAACCUUAUAAAUGUAAUGAAUGUGGGAAGGCCUUUUGCAGGCGUUCAAACCUCACCGAACAUCAUAGAAUUCAUACUGGUGAGAAACCUUUUAAAUGUAAUGAAUGUGGGAAGGCUUUUCAACUAAAAGGACAUCUUAAUGAACAUCAGAAAAUUCAUAGUGGUGAGAAACCUUAUAAAUGUACUGAAUGUGGGAAGGCCUUUUGCCAUCGCACAUACCUUACUAAACAUCAGAAAAUUCAUUCUGGUCAGAAACCUUAUGAAUGUAAUGAAUGCGGAAGGGCCUUCUGUAUGAGCACGGCUCUAACAGUACAUCAGAGAAUCCAUACCGGUGAGAAACCCUAUGAAUGUAGUAUAUGUGGGAAGGCCUUUAGAGUUAAAGCACAGCUUAAUCAACAUCAGUCCAUUCAUACUGGUGAGAAACCAUUUGAAUGCCAUGAAUGUGGAAAGGCCUUUAGACUAAAAGGAUGGCUUACUGAACAUCAGAAAAUUCAUAGUGGUGAGAAACCUUACGAGUGUAAUGAAUGUGGCAAAGCCUUCUGCAAGCGCUCAAACCUUACUGAACAUCAGAGAAUUCACUCUGGAGACAAACCUUAUGAAUGCAUUGAAUGUCAGAAGGCCUUUAGCCAGAAGCUAAAACUUUUUCAGCAUCAGAGAAUUCAUACUGGUGAGAAACCUUAUGAAUGUAAUGAAUGUGGUAGGGCCUUCUGCCUAAGCACAACUCUCACAGAACACCGGAGAAUUCAUACUGGUGAGAAACCUCAUGAAUGUGUUGAAUGUGGGAAGGCCUUCCGACUAAAAGCACAGCUUAAUCAACAUCGCAGAAUUCAUACUGGAGAAAAGCCUUAUAAAUGUAAUCGUUGUGGGAAGGCUUUCUGUAAGCAAUCAAACCUUACUGACCAUCAGAAAAUUCAUACGGGAGAGAAACCUCAUGAAUGUGUUGAAUGUGGGAAGGCCUUUAGCCAGAAAAUAAAACUUACUCAACAUCAGACAAUUCAUACUGGUGAGAAACCCUAUGAAUGUAAUGAAUGUGGAAAAUCUUUCCGUCUGAGCACAGGACUUACUGAACACCAGAGAAUUCAUACUGGUGAGAAACAUUAUGAAUGUAAUCAAUGUGGGAAGACCUUCCGACUAAAAGCACAACUUAAUCAACAUUGGAGAAUUCAUACUGGAGAGAAACCUUAUGAAUGUGAUGAAUGUGGAAAGGCCUUUGGACAUAGGUCAGGACUUACUCAACAUCAGAAAAUUCACACUGGUGAGAAACCUUAUGAAUGUAAUGAAUGUGGGAAGGCCUUUAGAUGGAUCACAGGACUUACUCAACAUCAGAGAAUUCAUACUGGAGAGAAACCUUACGAAUGUAAUGAAUGUGGGAAGGCCUUCUACUGGAAUACAGCUCUAACUAAACAUCAGAAAAUGCAUUCUACUGAGAAACUAUAUGUAUAUGCUGAUUGAGAAAAAGCUUUACUUCAGAGCAAGAUCCUCUUCCAAAUCAGCCCUCUCUCCAUAGGUGUCCCUCAGGCUUCUGUAAUGAGCCCUCUUCUCUUCUCCCUCUAUACUACUUCACUUGGUGAUCUCAUCA